UUAUGAAGCCAGAUUUUGCCUUGGAAGAUCCCUCGACAUUUAAUAUGGUGUUACCUUGGUCUCAUUUUAAUACCGCUGGAGGGAAGGGAAAUCGUGACGCUGCUUCUUCCAAGCUGCUUCAGGAAAAGCUGAGCCACUAUCUGGACAUUGUGGAAGUGAACAUCGCCCAUCAGAUCUCCCUCCGCUCCGAAGCGUUUUUCCACGCCAUGACCUCCCAGCACGAGCUGCAAGACUACCUCAGGAAAACCUCCCUGGCUGUAAAAAUGCUUCGAGACAAAAUAGGCCAGAUCGACAAAGUGAUGUGUGAAGGGUCCCUUAAUGUCUUAAGACUCUCCUUGACGAAAAUUAACUGUAUAAAAGUAUACAAUAAGCUGAAGCUGAUGGCGGCCGUGCACCAAACACAGCCCACCGUACAGCUCUUGCUGUCCACUUCCGAAUUCGUCGGGGCGCUGGAUUUAAUAGCAACGACGCAGGAGGUGCUACAGCAGGAACUCCAAGGCAUUCACAGUUUCCGGCACCUGGGGUCACAACUCUGUGAAUUAGAAAAACUGAUAGAUAAAAUGAUGGUUGCAGAGUUCUCAACGUACGCCCGCAGCGACUUGAACAGACCCCUGGAGGAGGAAUGUCAGAUUCUGGAAGAGGACAGGCUUGUAUCGCUAGUGUUUGGACUUCUAAAGCAAAGGAAACUGAAUUUUUUUGAGAUCUACGGGGAUGAGAUUAUUAUUACAGCAAAGAACAUAAUUAAGCAGUGUGUGGUUAAUACAGUAUCAGAGAUAGAAGAAAUAGACACGGACGUGGUUGUUAAACUGGCCGAUCAAAUGAGGCUGAUGAAUUUUCCGCAGUGGUUUGAUCUCCUGAAGAAUAUUUUUUCUAACUUUAUCCUCUUCCUCAAGAGAAUCAAGGCAACACUAAAUGUCAUCCGCAGUGCCGUUCUCUUGGUUCUAGACAAGAACCAAAGGUGCAAGGAACUGGGGGAAGCUCCUGUACAGAAGAACGCGUCGAGGGAAAGUGCCGUGGACACGGAAGUGGCCUAUCUGACCCACGAGGGCCUGUUUAUCAGCGACGCCUUCAGUGGGAGAGACCUUCCACCCACAACCGCCGAUUCGGUCUCUCCGAGAAACGUUUGCCCAGACAGCGAGCCCAGCAGCAGCGACUGUGUCUCUGAGCCCGAGUGUGCCACGGAUUCCUCGUCAAGCAAGGAGCAGGCUUCGUCGGGCAUCACACCUGCCGGAAUCGAGACCAUGAUCGGGGAGGACAUGAAACUGUCUGAACUGGAACUAGUUAGACUAGCCAAUAACAUACAAGAGCUCCUGUACAGCGCUUCUGAUAUUUGCCACGACCGUUCAGUCAAGUUCCUCAUGGCUAGAGCAAAAGAUGGCUUCCUGGAGAAACUGAACUCUGCAGAGUUUGUUGCUCUUUCCCGACUGAUGGAAACCUUCAUCCUGGACACGGAGCAGAUCUGUGGUAGGAAGAGCAUGUCACUGCGCGGUGCGCUUCAGAGUCAAGCUAACAAAUUUGUAAAUAGAUUCCACGAGGAGAGGAAAACGAAACUCAGCCUCCUCCUAGAUAACGAGCGCUGGAAACAAGCCGAGGUUCCGGCAGAAUUUCAGGAUCUCGUUGAUUCUAUAUCAGAUGGCAGAAUUGCUUUACCGGAGAAAAAAACAGGAGCUCCUGAAGAAAGAAAGCCGACGGACUUCCUUGUUGUCGACGGUCAUAAAUACGCUGUAGUUGGGACCGUGUUGCUGCUGAUAAGAAUCAUCCUGGAGUACUGCCAGUGUGUGGAUAACAUUCCUUCCAUAGCUACUGACAUGCUGACUCGUCUCUCCGAUUUACUGAAGUACUUCAACUCCAGAAGUUGUCAGCUGGUGCUGGGAGCCGGUGCUUUGCAAGUGGUCGGCUUGAAAACGAUAACGACAAAAAAUUUAGCCCUCUCGUCCCGUUGCCUCCAGCUCAUAGUGCACUACAUUCCCGUUAUCCGCGCUCACUUUGAAUCCCGCCUGCAGCCCAAACAGUUCAGCAUGCUGAGACAUUUCGAUCACAUUACCAAGGAUUAUCACGACCACAUAGCCGAAAUUUCAGCCAAGCUUGUAGCCAUAAUGGAUAGCUUAUUUGACAAGCUGCUCUCAAAGUACGAGGUCAAAGCCCCCGUCCCUUCCACCUGCUUCAGGAACAUCUGCAAACAGAUGGCGAAGAUGCACGAAGCAAUCUACGAGCUCCUUCCCGAGGAGCAAACGCAGAUGCUGUUCCUACGCAUCAACGCCAGCUACAAGCUCCACCUGAAGAGGCAGUUAGCCCAUCUAAACGUCGUCAACGACGGAGGGCCUCAAAAUGGGUUGGUGACAGCCGACGUAGCUUUCUACACUGGAAACCUUCAAGCUUUGAAAGGGCUUCAGACCCUGGACUUAAACAUGGGUGAGAUCUGGGAACAGAAGAGGUGAUAAUUCGGCAGCGCAGCAGGUUAUCCCCCUCGGCAUGGGAUAGCAGCUGCUGCUUCUGAGAAGGCGAAGAAGUGGAACCUAGAAGAGGAAAUUCCCUUGACGUUUGGUGAAAACCGGGGCCUUUGUGACCUUUGGGGGAGAGUAUUUCCGUAAGAGAAGACGGGAGCGAUCAGUUUCUGUCUGUGGAAUUUCUUCAUGCUGUUCGGAACCAGGCUCAGGUUUCUUUGGACCAAAUCCAAAAGAAUACAUGGCUGUAACACAGCCGCCGUUGUCUAGAGAGUGCGUUGUCAGUCUUUGUAUUGAAAAGAAAGCGGCUCUGCAUUCCCUCUAGUGCAAUGAAAUUCUCAUGGUGUCUCUCACCUUUAUUUAAGUUGACGAUACAGUUUGGAAAUCCUUGCAAAAUUCUAUAAAACGUUUUCCACUAUAAAACUGUUCUAAAGUUAUUUUUUUACAGAUGUUUCUAUACUCUUUUGAUUUUACCUGCAUACCGCAAAGAUGUGUUAGGGGGUGGCGCAUUCUGAAGUAGUUCUAGGAGCUGUUCUGUGAUGACAAGGUCGUGAAAACAACGCUGUAGAGAGGGCCCCUGGUUCUUCCGGGAUGAGCAGUCUACUCGAGAUCUUGAAAACAACAUUGUAGAGAUGGCCCCUGGUUCUUCCAGGACAAGUGGCCUACUCAAGAUCUUGAAAGCAACGCUGUAGAGAUGGCCCCUAGUUCUUCCGGGACAAGUGGUCUACUCAAGAUCUUGAAAACAACGCUUAAGAGAUGGCCCCUAGUUCUUCCGGGACAAGUGGUCUACUCAAGAUCUUGAAAACAGUGCUGAAGAGAUGGCCCCUAGUUCUUCCGGGACAAGCGGCCUACUCAAGAUCUUGAAAACAAUGCUUAAGAGAUGGCCCCUAGUUCUUCCGGGACAAGUGGUCUACUCCUAAGGACAUGUUUUAUAUAAUGGGUACAGUUUCCAGGCAUUAAUUGUCUCAGAACCUGGGGUUUUAAUUUGCCAAUUUCUACAUAUACCUUACCUUCUGUUCUCUCUACCUUUCCACCCAGUUAACUUUAUUUGAAAGAUGCAAUUGUAGUAGUCCAUCCUACACGGCAAGUGCCGUGCUCGAUGCGGUGUGACUAACUUCUAUCAAAGUUUGGGGUUUGGUUUUAACGCUACAUUUCAGGCUGGUCCCUGCCUGUCCAAAGUAACGAAGUGCCUGUGCAUUUCCUCUCACCACAUUUGACAUAAACCUAGUGAGUGCCUAUUCGUGUGAUGAUUGUGUACGAUGGAUACAGUGUUUUGUGUGUGCCUCUGGUUUCAGCGGACAAGGCAUGCCUCUCUGUUAACAUGAGCAGAAGUCAUUU